AUGCCUCCAAAGGCCGCCAAGGGCGAGUACAUUGAAACCGACACCGGAAACAAAAUCUCCCGCCGCUCAAAUAUCCAUGGCACCCAGCACAUCAUCCUAGGCGGGAAAACGGUCAUCCAGACAGACGCCGUGAUCCGCGGGGACCUGUACAGACUGCCAGGGGCGCACCCGAGUUCUUCCUCGUCGACGACAGGCGACUCGGGCGAACCGACCCCGGCUCCCGCCCCGGCGGCACCCAACACACCCUCCGUGGCGGUCUCGAUCGGACGGUACAGCUACGUGUCCAAACAGGCCGUGCUGCGGCCGCCCUCCCGACUACACCGUGGCGUGCACUCGUUCUAUCCGCUUAAGAUCGGCGACCACGUCUUUAUCGGCGAGCGGGCGGUCGUCGAGGCCGCCUCCGUGGGCAACCAUGUGCAUAUCGGCUGCGACGCGGUUGUCGGGAGCAUGGCUAUCCUCAAGGACUUUGCGUACGUGCUCGACGGCGCGGUCAUACCACCCGGGAUGGUCGUGCCGAGUUGGUGUGUUGUUGGGGGUGCGCCGGCCAGAAUUGUCGGUGAGGUCGGCGAGGGUUAUGGCGUUGAAGGGGCUGAGGGGGGGUUGGCGAGAGAACGCUAUCGGCUGGUGGGCAGGUGA